AUGCCACCGCGACUCAAUCUUUUCACGGCCAGAAAGGCCAUUCCUGUCCUUCGCUCGUCGUCUACCCCAUCCGUCAACGCGUGGCAGAGUAUUAUCGCCAACCUCCCGCACCGGUCUAGCAACGCCGUCGGUCUACAAAAAAGAUGGAAUUCGUCGGGAUCGGAUAAGAAACAGGAGACACCAGAGGAGGCAGAUAGGCUGAAGGGUCCCACGGAGGACGCGCUUCCUCAUGUGAGCGAGGAAGCCGCCGCGACGGACCGGAUUAUGUCGAAGGAGAAGCGAUGUGAUGGGAUUCCGACUACGCCAGAAUUGGAGCAGGGAACUCCCAUUUCGGAGAUCCUCCAACGCGACGAAAAAGCCAGAAAGAAUGCACCCAAGGUUAUGCAGGAUAUGAUGAAGACACCGUCCGGCAGCCGCUCAUUCUCGACAUCCACUCGUCGUCUGCAGGAUGUACAGAAGAACGGCACCAACCCCGAUGGUGCCUCGGCUGCCCUCGUUGCCGAUAUGGUUGCCAAUGUUGAUUUCCAGGCGGCCGAGCUCGCCGGUCUCAAGUUCUCUCCCCCAAAGCCCUUGGCUAAGACCGACAACUUCCGAUCACGAUAUGAACCGCUUUUGGAACAGUUCACAAAACUGCUUAUGGAGGAUGGAAAGCUGAGUCUUGCUCAGAAGAAUAUGGCCCACAUCUUGGAUACGCUGCGGACCUCCUCUCCCCCUCAGGUUAACCCCAAACGCCGCCUCCUCCCUGGCCCUCCCGCCCCUCAGCUGCCGCUCGAUCCCGUCCUUUACCUGACCCUGAUCGUGGACUCUGUUACUCCUCUAAUCAAGAUCCGUAACCAGAAGGGUAUUGCUGGUGGUGGUGCCGCCGUCCAGAUCCCCGUGCCUCUGUCGGAAAGACAGCGUCGCCGGACCGCCAUCCAAUGGAUCAUCGAUGCUUCGGAGAAGCGACGCGACAGCAAGUUCGCCAAUCGGGUCGCUCAGGAACUGCUGGCCGUUGCAGAGGGCCGCAGCGGUGUGUGGGAUCGCCGCGAGCAAGUGCACAAGCUUGGUGUCGCAGGCCGUGCCAAUCUUGGAAAGAGGGUGCGUUAA